GGGGCACCUGCCUCACUGGAGGGUGAAGGACUGAAGGCCUCUGAAUAGUCUCUCCUAAGAGGAAGGCAGCAGCCUCCUCCCUUAAUAAUCAUCACCAUUACCGCUUACCAGGUGCCUGGGAAGGCCGCCCCUUCAUGCACACAGUCUCAUUCCACAUCCUCAUGGCAACCACCCAGAACCGUUACUUUCCCCAUUUACCGAUGAAGAAACUGAGUCUUUGAACCCAGGCCAUUCUGGCUCUAAAGCAUGUGCUGUUUUCCUUAUGCCGCUCGGCCUCUCACUUCUCUCACUGAGAUGUCUCACAUGCCAUCGCUUUUACUCAUUUCUGCCCAUGUCUCCUCCAAAACACCGUGUAGUGAUUCAUUCCACAAGCAUUUGUUGAGUGUGUACUGGGCACAGGCACCGUGAGGGGAUUCCUUCCCCAACUCUCUCCCCGCCCGAUAUCACCCCAGUGAUUUGGCGGGGCGUCCAGCCCUCGCUCGUAGGUUCUGACGGACCGCGGGGUCCUGCGACCAAAUGAAUUGAAUUCCCCAGCCCAACCUGCAUCACCUUGGGUACCAUCUCAUUGAUAGUAACGACUCCCAUUUGCCUCAUUUCGGGUACAUUUCACAUACCCCUUUCUUGCCCAUAUCUCACCUCACGGUCAUACCCACCCUGUGAGAUGGAUGUGUUUCUCCCAUUUUACUGGCCAGGAAUCUGAGGCUCAGAGAGGUGAGGUCUGCUCCACCCCACCAUUGAAGCCUGGACUAAAACCCAGGUUUCUGGACCCUUCGUGAAUGUACUUUCCAUCUUUCUGCCACGUUCUCUUCCGCAAAAGGCAUCAACCAACCCGCUCGCCUCCGAUAACCCCUAGGCAGCCAGGCUCUCCCGCGGGAAGCCAAGGGACAUCCCUAGCCCCCUGUGUGGUUUCUCACUUUCAACUCCAGCUCAGAUCUUUUGCCAAACUGGCCACAGCCACCCCACACUGCCCACCUCCUUCCUCCAAACGUGCCCCACCUCUUUCUUCUUUCUUCUUCCUCAGAGGUUCUCCUAGGGAGUUCUCCCAGCUCCCAAGGGCAGGGUACAGGAAGAGGGACCGGUGCUUGUAGGAGGGAGGGGGAACGGCUCCCACGGGGAGCUCCUCUGGGCCUCAGGGGCCCUGGCACUCAGCUCUUCCCUGCGCAGCUCCUGGAACGUCAGCCAGGUUGCGCAAAAAGCAAGGAGGAGAGAAACACCAGAACACAGGGUGGGGGAAAGGUCAGGCACAGGAAGCCGUGGGAGAGCCAGCCGGUACAGACCAUCCUGAUUUCCCCAGACACACCAUUAUCCCCCUGGGAAAACCUGUUGGUAAAGUCCUAGUUGUCUCUUUCCAGAAGGGCCCUCCUGGGGUCACCUCAGUCAUCCCCCUGCCUCCAGGCAGGCUGUUUUCUCUAUUUCUUCCACGCUGACUGGCUGAACAGCAUGAGCCUUUCUGCCAGGAAAACUGAGGUCCGGGGAGGGAGAGGGGCUUGUGGGGGCACCAGCAGCGGGGGUUGGGGCGGGGGAUGGGACCAAUGUGCUGACAUCCAGUUGCGACUCCUGCCCUUGCACUCCCGCCUCCUUUUUGCCCGGUGCUCGGCGGGGGUGACGGUGAUGUCACAGGUGUGGCGUGCCAGCCACGUGCCGGGCGCCAAGCAAAACAGCCAGGGCAAGUGUGUGCAUCAUCGGUACCUGGGAAGGAAGGCCACCAGAAGAAGUGAGUCUGGUGGAAAGACCUGAAAGAGGGAAGGGAGGCACCUUGCUGGAUGGGGGCGGGGAAGAGACCAGAAUAAAACCCUGCUGUGGCCAGAACUAGAGAGAGAAAGCCAGAGCUGGCACUGGAGAGAGAUGCCCCCUCAUCUUCCCCUCCUCUGCCUCUCCCAAAGCUUGUAAAUGCCCCAGACAUGAGCCAGCCCAGGCCCCGCUACGUGGUAGACAGAGCCGCGUACUCUCUCACCCUCUUUGAUGAUGAGUUUGAGAAGAAGGACCGGACAUACCCACUGGGAGAGAAACUUCGCAAUGCCUUCAGAUGUUCCACGGCCAAGAUCAAAGCCGCAGUGUUUGGGCUGCUCCCCGUGCUCUCCUGGCUCCCCAAGUACAAGAUCAAAGACUACAUCGUCCCCGACCUGCUGGGCGGACUCAGCGGUGGAUCCAUCCAGGUCCCGCAAGGCAUGGCAUUUGCUCUGCUGGCCAACCUUCCUGCAGUCAACGGCCUCUACUCCUCCUUCUUCCCCCUCCUCACCUACUUCUUCCUGGGGGGUAUACACCAGAUGGUGCCAGGUACCUUUGCCGUUAUCAGCAUCCUGGUGGGUAACAUCUGUCUGCAGCUGGCCCCAGAGUCGAAAUUCUGGGUCUUCAACAACGCCACCAACAAGAGCUACGUGGACACAGCAGCCAUGGAGGCUGAGAGGCUGCACGUGUCAGCAACCCUGGCCUGCCUGACUGCCAUCAUCCAGAUGGGCCUGGGCUUCGUGCAGUUCGGCUUUGUGGCCAUCUACCUCUCCGAGUCCUUCGUCCGGGGCUUCAUGACGGCAGCUGGCCUGCAGAUCCUGAUCUCGGUGCUCAAGUACAUCUUUGGACUGACCAUCCCGUCCUACACGGGCCCGGGGGCCAUUGUCUUUACCUUCAUUGACAUUUGCAAAAACCUCCCCCACACCAACAUCGCCUCGCUCAUCUUCGCCCUCAUCAGUGGCGUCUUCCUGGUGCUGGUGAAGGAGCUCAAUGCUCGCUACAUGCACAAGAUCCGCUUCCCCAUCCCUACAGAGAUGAUUGUGGUGGUGGUGGCAACAGCUAUCUCCGGGGGCUGUAAGAUGCCCAAAAAGUAUCACAUGCAGAUCGUGGGACAGAUCCAACAAGGGUUCCCCACUCCCGUGUCACCUGUGGUUUCACAGUGGAAGGACAUGAUGGGCACGGCCUUCUCCCUGGCCAUCGUGGGCUACGUCAUCAACCUGGCUGUGGGCCGGACCCUGGCCAGCAAGCACGGCUAUGACGUGGAUUCUAACCAGGAGAUGAUCGCCUUAGGCUGCAGCAACUUCUUUGGCUCCUUCUUUAAAAUCCAUGUCAUUUGCUGUGCCCUCUCUGUCACUCUGGCGGUGGAUGGAGCUGGAGGAAAAUCCCAGGUGGCAAGCCUGUGUGUGUCCCUGGUAGUGAUGAUCACCAUGCUGGUCCUGGGGUCCUAUCUAUACCCUCUCCCCAAGUCUGUGCUAGGAGCACUGAUAGCUGUCAACCUCAAGAACUCCCUCAAGCAACUCGCUGACCCCUAUUACCUGUGGAAGAAGAACAAGCUGGACUGUUGUGUCUGGAUGGUGAGCUUCCUCUCCUCGUUCUUUCUGAGUCUUCCCUACGGUGUGGCCGUGGGUGUCGCCUUCUCCGCCCUGGUUGUGGUCUUCCAGACUCAGUUUCGAAAUGGCUAUGCUUUGGCCCAGGUCAUGGACACUGACAUUUAUGUGAAUCCCAAAACCUACAAUAGGGUCCAGGAAAUUGAGGGGGUUAAGAUUGUCACUUACUGCUCCCCUCUCUACUUUGCCAAUUCAGAGAUCUUCAGGCAAAAGGUCAUUGCCAAGACAGGUGUGGACCCCCAGAAAGUACUGCUGGCCAAGCAAAAAUACCUCCGGAAGCAGGAGAAGGGGAGAACGAUGCCCACACAGCAGAGGAAGUCUCUGUUUAUGAAAACCAAGACUGUCUCCCUACAGGAGCUCCAGCAGGACUUUGAGAACACCACCCCAACUGACCCCAACAACAACCAGACUUCUGCUAAUGGUGCCAGCGUGUCCUACAUCACCUUCAGCCCCGACAGCUCCCCAGCUGCCCCUUGUGAGCCAUCGGCCUCCGCCGAGACCCCCAGUGAGCCCAGUGACAUGCUGGCCAGCGUCCCACCCUUUGUCACCUUCCACACCAUCAUCCUUGACAUGAGCGGGGUCAGCUUUGUGGACUUGAUGGGCAUCAAAGCCCUGGGCAAGCUGAGCUCCACCUACGGGAAGAUCGGUGUGAAGGUCUUCUUGGUGAACAUCCACGCCCAGGUGUACAACGAUAUCAGCCACGGAGGUGUCUUUGAAGAUGGGUGUCUAGAGCGCAACCACGUCUUUCCCAGUAUACAUGAUGCUGUCCUCUUCGCCCAGGCAAAUGCCAGAGAAGUGGCCCCAGGACGUGACUUCCAAAGGGCUUCCGUGGACCCUGAGCUGUCCUUAUGUGAUUCAGAAGAGGACAGCCCCAGCUACUGGGACUUAGAGCAGGUGAGCUGAGGGGCAGGGGCAACCGGGAGGCCGGGACUGGGAAGGAGACCCUCACGAACCCAAGGCGUUCACUGGGCUCUCUCAUCUCCAAGCCAGAGCAGCCCCCUUGAAGGCAACAUUUCUCUCACCUCUCUUAUCACAGCAGAUCCUAAUGCUUCCCACUCCCUGAAAGGCAUCACUGGGGGAGGGAGAGGCACUGGAGGAAAAUCUCGAGAACGAACAUCCAUAACACACACGAUCUUGGACAGGCCACAUAACACACGGGGUCCCGGUUUUCUAUCAUUGCAAAGUAGGGGAAAUAUAGGUGGUACCCGCCCCCUCGACCUCACAGGAUUGGCGGGGGAUUCGUGUGUCCUUCAUUAAUCAGCAGAUAUGUAAUGACCGCCGGCCUGACACAGUUCCAGGGUGGGCAGACAGCAGUGAACCAAACAAAGACCUUAGGAAACCUUAGGAAACGUAGAUUGGGGUGGGGCCAGAUGAAUUCGAGGGGUACAAGUAUUACUGCCCUUAAGCACUGAGGGCUGUGCAAAUGUGAACUGUUACUGCCGCCCCAGGGCCCUGUCAUCCUGACAAAGUAGCCCAACGCCCUGAAUUAAAAGAAACCCAGAUGUCUAGUUGAGAGAAGUCUGGCUUUGGGCCUACUAGAAAUCACAUCUCACUUUGUACCUCUUCGCACCCCUUUGGGGCUUGAGUUCCAUGUCCCCUGGACAUGUCUCUGGGAGCACUGAUGGCAUGGGGGAGACAUUAGGAAAUAGAGACAGACUGAUCUCUGUGCCCCUGUGGAAUCUCCAGCACAUUCCAAAAGCCUGGGAUAGGCCCCCAAAUAGCUUAUCAGAGCAAAAAAGGACUUCAGAACGGUCUCAUCUCCACCGUCAUUUCACUUAACAAUGAAAGCGAAGCCAAAAAGGACUGUGACAGGUGGAGGUCACAGAGCACGCCAGAGGUGAUUCAAAGUAGAUUCCAAGUGGGGCGCCUGGGCGGCUCAGUCGGUUAAGCAUCCGACUUCGGCUCAGGUCAUGAUCUCACGGUCCGUGAGUUCGCGCCCUGCAUCGGGCUCUGUGCUGACGGCUCAGAGCCUGGAGCCUGCUUCCGAUUCUGUGUCUCCUUCUCUCUCUACCCCUCCCCCAUUCACGCUCUGUAUGUCUCUGAAAAAUGAAUAAACCUUAAAAAAAAGAAAAAAAAAGUAGAUUCCAAGCAUCUUCUCUUGUCACCUCUGUACCAGUUCACCUCUUGGGCUUCCCCCGCCCCUCCCCUGUUCACACACACACACUCACACUCACACACACUUACUCAUGAAGCUCUCUCUGGCCAGGGGCUCACAGGGUCACCUCGUGGUUGCAGCCAUUGUAAACUCAACAGGUCUAAUGCUCUCCCUUCCCCUCCCCUGUCCUUCCGUGGUCCCGCAGGAAAUGUUCGGGAGUAUGUUUCAUGCAGAGACCCUGACUGCCCUGUGAGGGCCCAGCCAGCCCCCACACUGCCUCCAGAGUGCGUGGCAUCUGGGACUCCAAGAAGAAAGAGCCUGGGGUCACAAAGAGUGAGAGGAGAAUACGUCCACCAGGGCCUGAGCUCCUCCCUCCCCUCCUCCCCCUCCUCCUCUCUCCCUCCCCUGCCCCCCUCCUGGCAUCUCUGGAGUCAGCCAAUCUCAACAGGAAGGAGAGCCACCUCUUCACCCUCCUGCUGACUCUCAGGGCCCUGGCCGGAAGGAGAAAGUCUCCUGCUCACCUUACCGCACCCACCCAUGCCCUGCCCAAAGCAACUGACGGGGAACCCCCCACCCCGACUGCCGACUUCUAAGAGUGAGCCAAGAACAGAAGGGAAAGUACGACCCUGCUGACCUAGGGUGCAAAAGCCCUCGGGUCUGCACAGCUUGGUGUCAGAUGGCGUCGAGCUGUCACGCGACACGGAGCUGAACUUGCUUAGGACUCUGAGGCUUGUCCCCUCCAGCUGCCCCAGCUCUGUCCCUGGAGGUUCUGCACUCCUGGGACCACGUGCUCCCUAAAGCCCGGAAUCUCCAUCUUCAUCACUGCAUCCCCUUCCUCCUCAUCUCAAGGCUGCUGGGAGCUCCACUGCUAUUCAGCACUUCAGACUCGAGGCUGGGGGUUGGCCCCCUCAGGGCCACCAGAGCUACCUCUCCAGGGGCACCCCACCAAUGUAGCUGCCCCAGCCUCUGAAACAUGAUCACUUCCCGUGCCUUCAGGGCCGGUUCCCUUCCACUUGAGGCUGGGUAGGAAUCUAAAAAGGACAGGGUGGGUAGCUACCAGAAUCCUCUGGCAACCUAGUAACAGAUGCCAGUUGUUCUGUAUAAGUACUUUUUGGAAGCCUUCUUUGUACGGAGACUGGAGGGGGAGGGGUGCUAGUGCCAACCCAGGGCCAACUGGUGGGACCUGAGCCCUGAAGGUCCCCCUGACUUCAGAAAUGCCUCCCCCUGCUUAGGAAGUUUGCCUUGUGCUUUUUUUCACUUGGCAAAGAGCCAAAGAUUUUAACUCUCCCUUAUCAGCUUGGGGCCUGAAGCCUUCAGCCAGGCAAGGGAGGAAGCUCCCCAAGGGCCAGCCACAUCACCCCACUGGGUGCAGAAUGUGGCAAAGGGCUGAUCCAGAUUGGGUCUUCCUCCGCGGGGUUCCUUAAUAAACUCAGGACCUGAGGUCAUCCUCUUCUAGGGCAGAUGAGAAGAGGGGUACAUUUUCCAUGUAUGUGAGGAGGUCAUAGAGGAACCUGACUGUUGACUUGAAAAUAAAUAGAUUGCACGUGCAAGUGUCUGGGGAAAUUUCCAUGGAAGUGCAC